UCGAACAUGAUCUGGCAUUAAGGCUCGGGAUCCCUUUGGCAGCUGUAGGAGAGAGACGCAACCGGGAGCCUCGAGGCACAAACUCGUCAGAAAAUGACCGUGGAGAGAAUAUUCGACGAGCUUGGACAUUUCAAAAGGUUUCAGGCAUGUCUGUACUUUGCUGCAGUCUUUCAGGCCGUAGCCUGCGGGAUCCACUACCUGGCCUCCGUCUUCUUAGUGGAGACCCCAAACUUUGUGUGCGGCGUGCCCAGCAACAUCACAGACGUGCUGUACGGUAACCUGACAGGAUCUAGUCUGACGGACCUCCUGCCAGCCUUCAAGGAGGCGAUGGGGCCUCUGGUGGUGAGGACGGCCGAAGGAGAGCAGUGGGAGCUCAGCCAGUGCCACUGCGCCCUACGCACCAACCCAACACACUUCACGUAUGACUUUGACGGCAACAAAACGGUGGAAGCCUGCAAUGGAAACUUUGUUUACGACCGCACUGAGGUUUACCAGAGCAUCGUGACGGACUGGGACUUGGUGUGUGAGAAUGGGUGGCUGGCCAAACUGUGCCAGCCCACCUUCAUGCUCGGGGUGCUGGUUGGAGCGCUCGUGUUCGGGGACAUCGCUGACAGAGUCGGUCGCGUGAGGAUUCUGAUGUUGACCAGCCUCUGUCAGUUUGGGCUCGGGGUGGCUGUGGCGUUCUCUGGAAACUAUUAUUUCUUUAUGGUGCUGCGCUUCCUCCUCGCCAUGGUGUCCAGUGGCUACCUCGUGGUGGUGUUUGUCUAUGUCACAGAGUUCACUGGCACCAAGGUGCGAACAUGGACCUCCAUGCAUGUGCACGCUGCCUUUGCCGUCGGCAUCAUGGUGGUGGCUCUGACCGGCUACCUGGUGCGGGUCUGGUGGAUCUACCAGAUCAUCCUCUCCACCUGUACCUCCCCUUUUCUCUUCUUCUGCUGGAAGCUCCCCGAGACGCCUUUUUACCUGAUGGCAAAGGGCCGUUAUAAGGACGCUCAGUUCCUGCUGGACACGAUGGCCCGUGUGAACGGCAUUCAAAGCAGGGUGAAGGUGGAGGAGCUGCUGGAGCCGGAGGAAAAGGAGAAUGGCAGACCUCUGCUGGAGGAGUCGGAGGGGAAGGCGACACAGUCUGAAAAGAAGCUGUCUAUCCUGGAUCUGUUCGGCACCUGGAGGAUGGCGGGCCGGACGUGCACGGUGUGGGCCAUCUGGUUCAUUGGAAGCUUGGGCUACUACGUGUUCUCUUUGGGCUCUGUCAACCUCGGAGGAAACCAGUAUGUUAACCUCUUCCUUGCUGGUGCUGUAGAGAUUCCCUCUUAUCUGGUUGGCUGUUUUGCAAUGGACCGGAUUGGCAGGAAGAAUACUUGUGUCCCAGCUCUGCUCCUGGCCGGGAUCGCCUGUAUGCUCAUCAUUGUGGUUCCUUCUGACAUCGAACCUCUGGCUAUCGCCCUCAGCAUGACAGGAAAGUUUGCAAUCGCCAUUGCAUUUGGUCUCAUCUACCUGUACACCUGUGAGCUUUACCCCACUAUCAUCAGGUCUCUGGCAGUGGGUAGUGGGAGUAUGAUGUGCCGUGUUGGCAGUGUGGUGGCACCUUUCUGUGUGUACCUGUCUGACAUCUGGAUCUACCUUCCUCAGCUCAUCGUUGGAAUCCUGGCCUUUAUUAUCGGAGUGCUGACAUUGUUGUUGCCGGAGACCCUGGGCAAACCUCUAACCACCACCUUGGAAGAGGCGGAAGCUUUGGGACUGGAGCCCAGCAAGAAGAGCUCAGCGCAGGGCAGUAAAUGUGCUGAGGAGGGGCUGGAGAUGAAUAAACAUUAAGCUGGAGCCUGAGCUGAGAGACUCUUGUGGAGAAGAUUUGCGGAUACAAAACAAGGGAAAAGAGAGGAGGUGAAGCCUGCCGCAAAAUAGUAAUGUCAUUGAUUCGCUUUAUAUUGAUGCAAAAAAAUAGUAGAAAAACACACUUUCCUCAGAACUUGUUGAAAUGUGUUAGUUGACAAUUUAUUCUGCCAAAUGACCAACAGUUUGAUACUUAAAGUGUCUUUACACAUUACAGAAUUGCUCCUGCAUGCAAAACAGAUUUCAGCAAUGAAACAGCCAGUGACAGAUGAGGUGCAAUCACAACAUUUAGGAACUAAAUGUGCGUGAGAAAAUCAUGUGCCAUAUGUAUGAGUCUCCAAGACCAAGGAAACAUGAAGGAUUGUAAAAGGUUAUUUCACUUUAUAAGAACGUCAGUCUUAUUUUUUGCAGUUUCAAUUGUUAUAUCUUUAAAUAUGAUUACUUAAUCAAGUGACAUAGCAGGAACACAGUACUGAUGCAGGUCAGAGCUGGAAAUGAGAGAGUAGAGGGAGAGACCGGAGAUCUUGCACCUUAAAUAGAAGGCCAAUUGGAAGGAGGUGCUGUCAGCUGAUUGUGGAUAGUGAUGCAUGUCAAGUGUGAAAACAAUGCCACUUGAGUUGUAUCCUUGAACUAGUUUGGGUGAUAAUUUUACUCUGUGCCUUUGUUGUCUCUGUAAAAACUCUUUACAAAACAACUUAAAACUGAGACCACCAACUCAGGUUUUUAAAUCUGCAAAAGUGAGACCCAGGUUGUAUUGACAUGAAAUCUUAAUUCUGUUUACAUGCUGAGAUAACUCACUUAGUGUAAGUGCUGAUCAUGGCUGUGCUCCUCUUUUUUUGUAUUCAAAUUUUAUGGAUGCAAUGUUUCUCAAAAACCGAAUUGAAUUUACAACUGACACUGCUGCCAUUUUCCUCUGAUCAAUUCCUUUGAAUUUGGUUAACUGACAUAUUCAUUAUAAUUUCACCACUUCUUGAUGGAUCAACAAGCCAUGUUUCAAGUUUAAAAAAAACAUGUUUGAUAACUCAGCUACAAUCAGACAACAGCUUUCAUUAGCAUUUACCUGUGGCUUAAACCUAAUAUUAGUGUUUGGUAGUGCAAAACAACACAAUGGAAAAGGUCUUAGCUUUAAUGCUAACCUCAUGAAAUUAUUGCUAGGAAGUGGUUAAAUGCUAGCAUUACCUGUCGUCUUUAAAAGCUAUCAGGUAAUCAAAUAUGGUGUUGACUAACAACCUUGAACACAGCUGCCUUAUUUUUGAGACCUUUUUUGUCAUUUAAAACUUUUAAAAUCUCAAGGCAUUCAUUGUGGCUAUCACUGUGAAUUUAUUGUAACUCAAACCUACCUUUAUGUUUUCUGACAUUAACCUCAAUUUGUUCUCAUUUAUGAUGCCAUUGCGUAGCUUUCAUCUAAGGUAAGUGUUUGUUUGUGUGAGUGUGUUAGUGUGUUUGCAUGUUUUAGUAACAACAAUAGUUGAUGUCUUAGAUUUCUACUUUCAGAUUAAGAUGCUGGAGACGCUGAAGGAAAUAUACUCAGAAAAAAAAUACAACAGUACUGUAUGUUCAAGAGCCUCAAUGUGAGCUCCAAGAAGUUUGGACCAAAGGAAGGAAUUUUACCACAGCAUUGUGGUAGAGCUGUAGUCACCUACUUUGCAAUACUGUAUUGAUUUAUUGAUUUGUUUAUUUUUCAUAUUGAAGACUAGCACUAGUGGUGCUUUAUUUUUGAAGGAGAACAAAAAAAAUCAUGACAAUCAACUGGCAUCAUUACAGACGGUACUCAGGUUCAGUUUUCCAUUCUGAACAGUUUUACUACCAACAACAAUGUUUUUUAUUUCCUUGUAUGGUUUUGCUUUUAUCAUGGAC